GUGAAGAUGGCGGAUCAGUCGUUGCUCUCCGAGUCUGUGCUCGGAUGGUCUAUUUUCACCUUUAUACUUUUGGCAAUCCUAGCGUUCUGUUGGGUAUACAUCCGGAAAUUUCAAAGUCGUCAGGAGAGUGAAGUUGUUUCAACUAUCACAGCAAUAUGUGCAUUGGCCAUUGCUUUAAUAACCUCUGCACUUCUACCAGUGGAUAUAUUCCUUGUUUCAUUCAUGAAGUACCCCAACGGUACCUAUAAGGAAUGGGCAGCAAACAAUGAGACGAGAGGGCAAAUUGAAGACACCGUGCUGUAUGGAUAUUACACACUUUACUCCAUCAUACUCUUCUGUGUCUUCCUAUGGAUCCCCUUUGUCUACUUCUACUAUGAAGAACGGGAUGACGACAACUUGAACAGAUGCUCGCAAGUGAAAAACGCUCUGAAGUACACAAUUGGAUUUGCCAUUGUCUGCGUGGUGCUCCUUUUAAUUGGAGCCUUCGUUCCACUUGAGGCCCCUCCAGGUCGGAAUUCCACCCAUUGGGAGAAAGUACAAUACCUCUUUGAAGAGCUUGGGAGUAGUCAUGGUCUACCUGCUCUGUCGUUCUCCAUCAGCUCCUUGACCUUGAUUGGCAUGUUGGCAGUGAUCACUUACACGGCGUACGGUAUGUCUGUGCUGCCUCUGAAUCUGAUAAAAGGCACACGCAGUGUGGUGUAUGAACGCCUGGAGAACACAGAGGACAUUGAUGAUGUUGAGCAUCAGAUAGAAAAGCUGAAAUCCAAGUGUAAAGAUGGACGUCCCCUCUCUUCAAGGGACAGACACAACCUGCAGGAGCUGGAGGGCAAACUGCAGGUCCUCCGGCGCAGGGGGAGACACCUGGAAAUUGCUGAGAGGAACUGCUGCACUAAAGUGGGCAGUGCUCUCAGACCUUUCAAGAUAUUGCUGGGCAUUUUCUUUAUCCUGGUUGCACUGCUGUUCACUGUUGCCCUGUUCAUAUCAAAUUUGGAUAAAGCUCUCCAUUCUGCUGGCAUCAGCUCGGGGUUCAUAAUCUUUGGCACCAACCUCACCAAUCCACUAAAUGAACUUCUAUUAGCCUUACAACCCGUUUUCCCACUGGAUUACAUCCUGAUCACAGUCAUCACCAUGUAUUUUGUAGUCACAUCCAUGGCUGGCAUUCGCAACAUGGGCAUCUGGUUUUUCUGGAUAAGGCUGUACAAAAUAAGACCUAAGAGGACUCGCCCCCAGGCUCUUCUCUUUCUUUGUAUGAUUCUUCUCUUGAUUGUCCUUCACACCAGCUACAUGAUCUACAGCCUUGCUCCGCAAUACGUCAUGUAUGGCAGCCAGAAAUAUCUUGCACAGAGUCAGAUGCCCUCAGCAGGUCCUACAUCUGGGAAUGCUACUUUUGGCACCACAAGGAUCUGUGAUGCCGAUGCGCCUGAGGACCAGUGUACUGUGACCAGAUCUUAUCUCUUCCUCCACAAGUUCUGGUUCUUCAGCACCAUCUACUACUUUGGUAACUGGGCCUUCCUUGGGGCUUUCCUCAUAGGUCUGGUGGUGUCCUGCUGUAGAGGGAAGAAGUCUGUGAUUGAAGGAGAGGUGGAGGCAGACGACUCAGACUUAAGUGAUGAUGAAUAUGUGCACUGAAAACCAGUAUUCACCCUGACAUGUUUGUAGAUAUUCCCACCAUAAUUUAAAGGGACUAGAAAGUACAGAUUCAUAAACAAAUAAAUGGAUGUCAGUAAUUUGUUGUAAUUUAAUUUAUUGGAUUUAAGGAGUUGUUGCAGUGGAGUCUUGUGGAUUCCCGCCUUGUUUUGAGUUGACACAUCCUUCCCCUUAAUAAGACCACUGAGACUGACUGUUGUGUCUUUCUCAGUCAAUACUAUUGUUGACUUUGGGAUUCUGGGAGUGUCCUCCAACUCAAUCCUACCUCGAGAAUUCACUUAUCAACAGACCGAGAAUGACACAAAUUGGUCAUUUUUCCACUGGAGGAGACUCUCUUAUUGCAGUAGCAGAGACAGAGUUGCACGCUGCUCUAAAACUGUGUCUUAUUUGGAGUUUUGACUUAAAUUUUUACACUCUCUAAGCACUUUCUAGACCCUUUAAAUGGUCACUUUAUGACAAUAUCUAUAGUUGGCUCUAAUAUACCUAAAAAACUGCACAAACUGUUUUGCUUGCUUGUUUUCUGAAGGAUAAUUGGUAUAAAAAAAUGAUUUUAUGUGUUGACAGUUUUCAAAGUUUAUUUCACUCAUUUUGUCUGAGGUUAAAUAUAGUGCUAGAAGGUGUGUGCUUUUUUCCUUACAUUUAAUCAUUUGGAGACUAUAAUUUAAGAAAAGGUUACUGAAAUUGCAUACCUGCACCGUGUGAAAUGUAAAGGACCAAUUGCAGCUGUCAUGUUUCCAAAGUUUCAGAUAUUUUUAGUUUUUAAGUUGAUGGGUUCAACAGCUUUUUGCUGUCUGUGUUGAAAGAACAUGAAUAAAGUAGAGGAGGAAAAUAAACAUAGAAUUAAUCAAAUAUGGAUGUAAUUUCCUUUUAAAUAAGGAGUACUUCUCCUUUUUGUGAGUGCUCUAGAGUUUAUCAACAGCAGGCUUGUGACAUAGAAUUAUUAAUGACUUUUUUCAGCAAUUUUAAUUUCUUUUCAGUGUAUUUAGCAAUGUCUAAAUGAAUAUACCCUCAUUUAGUCAACAAAUUGACUCAAAAUAUGAAUAUGAAUGGCCUUUUUUAAAAUUUGGAAACCAAAUAUUAGUGCCUCAUGAAUGUGUAGCACCAUGAUGGGCACACACUACUGUAUAUGCUACUCCAAAUUAGACUCACAGAAAUCAGCCUGCAUCUCAUGAUAAGUGUUUUUGCUUUGAGAUAUUAAUCUUGGUUACCUUGGCUGAGCAUCAGUGGAGCCAGCAGCAGGGAUUGUGGUUACAUGAUAUCGACAGAAGCUGCUUCACAUGUAGUUUUAACCUGUUAUUGGUUGAAAAGAAUGCUGUUGUUGAAAGUUUUGUCGAUAUUGAAUUAUACCUGUAUCUUAAGAAAUAAAACCAUUUUAAACACA